AAUUGCUAUGAGCUCUGAUCACGAGAACACGUCUUCAGGAAAUUUAGAGAAGCUUGAAAUGAGCUAUUUCGUUGGACUUAGACUACGACUUAAGCAAAUGGAAAAGGUGUUGUACUCGACGUGGGGAGAAACUCGCAUUGUUGGAGUUGUUGGGAUGCAUGGUAUUGGUAAAACAACUCUCACGAAGAUAUUGUUUGACAGGCGUGGGUCUAAGUUUCCAAGCCACUCGUUUUUAACAAUGUCGAAGGAGUACAGACUAGAGCAAUUGAGGAGGAUGUUCCUGAAAGAGUUACUCAAACACACUAAUCAAAACAUAAGCGAUGAGACAACACAUGAAUUCGUGAAAGAUGAUCUGCUUCAGACCAAGAUUUUCGCUGUUCUUGAUAAUGUGAGUGACAAGAAUCAAUUACAGUUUCUACUCGGCAAUCUUGACUGGAUUAAGAAGGGAAGCAAGAUUGUUAUUACAACGUGUGAAAAGUCAUUGCUCGAGGGACUUGCUCAUGAUACUUAUGUGGUUCCACCCUUGAACAACAGGGAGGCGUUUCAACUCUUUAGUUAUCAUGCCUUUAAGGAUCAAAAUUGUAGUCCUACUGGGACCUUUGUGUCGCUUUCCAGGAUGCUCGUGGAUAGUGCAGGAGGUAAUCCACUAUCUCUCACGUUACUGGGCAGCGAUCUCUGUGGGAAAGACGAGGCCUACUGGGAAGAAGAACUGCAACGGGCGAGACAAAGUUUCAAUACGAAGAUGAGAGAAGUUUGGACAUUCUAUUUUGACCAACUUAAUGAGCGGCAGAAAGAUGUAUUCCUCGACAUAGUGCACUUUUUCAAAUCAGAGGACGAGUACUUUAUUAGAAGUCUGAUGGAUUCAGGAAAUUUCGAAACUGUGAGUGAAGUUAAAGAUCUCGCUGACAAGUUGCUUACUACACUUCCCGGUGGGAAAAUAGAAAUACAUGACCAAAUGUUGACAUUGGGCGACGAACUUGGUUCACCUGGGUGGUAUAGGCUUUCGAACUACAAAGAUAUAAUCGAAUAUCUGACAAAGGAGAAACACCAGGAAGCUAAUAAUGUGAGAGGUAUUAUCUUAGACAUGUCCGAAGUAGAGACGCAUAUCGUCUUGGACAGUAUGACCUUCACCAAUUUGCGGAAUCUUCGAUACCUCAAGAUAUAUGAUUCUUCUUGUCCCCGGCAGUGUAAAUAUAACUGCAAAUUACACUUUCCAGAUGGGUUCGAACUCCCCUUGGAAGAGGUUCGAUAUCUCCAUUGGGUAAAAUUCCCGUUAGAGGAACUUCCGCCAGAUUUCAGACCUGAAAAUCUUGUGGACCUUAGGUUGCCUUACAGCAAAAUUGAACGUGUUUGGGAAGGUGUUAAGGACACCCCACGAUUGACAUGGGUAGAUCUACGCCAUUCCAGUAAGUUGUGCAACUUGUCAGCAUUGUCCAAGGCUGAAAAUCUUCAAAGAUUAAAUUUGGAAGGCUGCACAGUUUUGAAUGAGUUACCUGCGGAAAUUCAAAAUAUGAAGUCUCUGGUUUUCCUGAACCUGCGAGGAUGCAUACGUCUUUGGUCCCUUCCAAAGAUGAAUUUAAUUUCUCUGAAAACUCUCAUCCUUAGCGGUUGCACAAACCUGGAGGAGUUUCAGCUAAUCUCUGAAAGUGUAGAAUUUCUCCAUCUGGAUGGCACAGCAAUCAAAGGACUUCCUCUCGCCAUCCAGAAACUCCAGAGGCUUGUCUUAUUGAAUUUAGAAAAUUGCAAAAGGUUGGAGUGUCUUCCCAACUGUCUUGGAGAGCUGAAAUCUCUUGAAAAAUUGAUAGUUUCUGGUUGUUCAAUCCUUCAGAAUCUUUCAGAGGUAAGGGAUAACAUGAAAUAUCUCCAGAGUUUACUUAUUGAAAGGAUAGGAGGAAAGGAGAUGCCAAACAUAUGCGAAGGACGAGCUUCUGCAGAUGUUGUCGUACAACCUUUUGGCCCAAGCAUAUGGACACGUGGUGUUAAUGGAGCUUCCUCUCUGCGACGUCUAUCUUUAAGUGGAAAUGAUUUUGUCAGCCUCCAAACUGACAUUGGAAAACUUUACAAUCUAAAUUGGCUUGACGUGAAGGAUUGCAAGAUGCUGAGAUCUAUCCCGAUGCUUCCACCAAGACUUCAGUACUUUGACGCGCAGGGCUGUGAUUCACUGGAGAGAGUUGCAAAUCCUUUGGCCAUUCAAGUGUUCACACAUCACAGCCAUGCGACCUUCAAUUUUUCCAACUGUAACAAGUUGGAUCAAGAUGCAAAAGAUAGUAUCAUAUCCUAUACCCAGUGGAAAAGCCAGUUAGUGUUAAAUGCACUCUAUCGACACAGUGGGGCUUCGGUUUUGGAACCUUUGACUGGAACCUGUUAUCCUGGAUGGGAAGUACCUGCAUGGUUCAGUCACCAAGCUUCUGGAUCUGAGUUAGAGCCAAAUCUGCCUCCACACUGGAAUCACAACAGGUUCACAGGAAUAGCUCUAUGUGCUGUUAUCCGAUUUUCGGACUACCAUGAGCAGAGGAACCGCCUCUUAGUGAAAUGUAAAUGUGGGUUUAAUAAUGAAGACGGGUCUCGUUUUUUCCGCUUAAGCUGUACGGUUGGCGGUUGGAGUGAUCCAGGUAAAACAGCAGGGGAUAUUGCACCGUCUCACGUCUUUAUUGGAUAUGCCAGUAUGUUGGAUAUUAAGAAACAUGCUGAAGAGGAUAAAGAGGGAUGUGGUCAUACCAAGGCUUCUUUUCAAUUUGAAGUGACAGAUGGUACAAAAGUGUUAAAUAGCUGCGAGGUACUGAAAUGUGGCUUUAGUUUGGUAUAUGCAUCCGAUGAAUUGCAGGUUAAAUUUGGUUUACGAGAUGAAGCUAAUCAGUACAGAGCUUAUUCAAGAAAAGUCUCUAAUGCAAAGAUGGAAACCGAAACAACGGAAAGGCGACCGGAUAGUAGGCAUGAGAUAGUUGAACUGCCAAAUAAAAUGAUAGCCAUGACAAAGACAGCUGGCAUACCCUCGGAAGUUUAUAGCAUGGAUGCCUCUUUUGUUGAAAAGACUUCUGAGGCUAUUCCGAAAGAGCUAACCAUAAUAGCUGGAAGAAAGCUCAAGUCCUUGGGAAGAGGAGUUAUGGCAGUUGGGCGCGUCUUGUUUCUGGCUUUGUUUGUAGCUUUUCUCUUUAAUCUCUUUAUAGCUCCUCUACUUUUCACCGAUGCAAAAUCUCCUGCCUCCUGGUAAGUUCUCAUUGGUUUUCAUUGCUGGGUGUUGUGUUGUUUUGGGUUUCAUAGCAUGUGCUUGUUGUGUUUGUUUUAAACUGCAUUUGAAAUAUAUUAUACUUGGUUCGUGAGAAGAUAUUUGCUUCGACAUGUAAGUCUUUACUUUUUUUAUUUUUUUAUGAACUAGGUCUUGGACAUUUUUAA